GGUUGGGCUGAAAGGUAGAAUCUCUCGCUAUGAAAUCACAAUCUGAAUUUACAACAGGACGUUAGGAUGCGUUUGUCUAUCUACUCAUCAAACAGGCCAACAGGUGCAUCGUUAGAGUCUGGCGCUGACAUGCUGGUGACAGGUAUGCUUUCCCUGCUCCUGUUCGCGCACCAGUGUGUGUCCGAGCCACAGGUGCCCGAGGACCAAAGAGUACAGUCAGCAGGAGCCCCUCCCCCUUUCACACUGGCCAAUCCCUUCGGCUCUGGAGAGGAGGACCGCAGGCUGCUGCAGAGCUAUAUCAAGGCCAAUGUAAAGGAGGGACAGGGAGGGCCGGAUAACACCUGGGAACAAGAGGUGUUCUUCCUGUUCCGUCUCCAUGACUACGACCGCAGCGGUCACAUGGACGGCCUGGAGAUGAUGAAGCUGCUCUCUGAAUACAACUCCCACAAUACACCUGGAGAACAGUCAGCUGAGUCGGUGGUGGCCAUGGUAGAUGUUCUCCUGCAGACUCAGGAUCUAAACCAGGAUGGUCUAAUAGCUCCCUCUGAGCUUCUCUCUCCUCCCAAACUACAACAGCCAGACUCUAACUCCCAGGGUGCACCUGAACAGGAAGGGGGUGUAGAGGUCAAAGAGGGAGUCAAUGUUGAGGAACCAAAACAAGAAGAGGCAGAGCAGAAAUAGGAGAAGAACGCAGAGGAACAGCUCAAGGAGGAAGGGUCAAAGCCAGGAGAUGAGGGACAGUAAGUUAAGACCGAUGAACAUUCUAUACAGGAAGAGGAGAAAGGACCACAUAUCCCAUAGGCCCCUGCUGCUGAUCCUGUACUACAUCAGGGGCAACCAGAGAUGUAAACAAACAAACACAUAAUAGUAAUAAUAAUAAUGAUAAUAACAAUAACACACAAACAGCACUCCAGCUCAACUACAAUUCUUCCAUCCAGACUGAGAGUUGAGUCAGCCAAUAACAGGAGCCCGUUGACUGACAGGCAGCAGAAUGACCAAAUCACAGCCCCUUAUCCACCUUUGAGGGAGGGUCUUGUUUCAGUUUCACGCUGAUGGAUUUCCCCCUUUUUUUUGUACUAAAGAAAUGCUGUUACAUUUCAACACAUUGCCCUUCUGAACAAGAGACAAUAUAACUCAGGAUUGAAUGUUUUAUUGUGCCAAAAAUAUACUAUGCCUUACACUGCUAAAUAGCAGUUCGGCCUUUUGGUUGUCAUAGAUUUUUGCGGUAAAUAUUUUCUCUCUGUUGAAGAAGCAAUCCAAAUUAAGCCAUAUAUUGCAAUAGACAAUCUGAAGAAAAGUUCAGGAAUGUAUGAAUGUGUCAAGUGCAAUGCCUUCCAAUGAUACUUUGAGAAAAGGUAUUCCCCCUCCCAGAACACACUGCAAUAUGAAAUUGUGCGCUCGUUCACUGGGUUAAGAAAUUAGGUGGGAAAUCCCUCAAACUCAUGGAAUUGGGCUCUCUCGUCACUGCAUUUGUUGAGACUAGAGUCUCCAUCAUUAUUAGGGACAUUUGUUUUUCCUGGUAGCGCAGGUCAAAAACCUUUGGCCCUUUUCACUUAUGCAACCUUUAAAACCUUGAGGGUUUGUAUAUUUAAGACUAAAAAUAAAGCUAAUAUGAAUAUCCCACCUUUAUCACUGUGUGUAGUGAUGACAUGGUUUUUAAUCUUGGUGGUCACUAAACAACAGCCUGGUUGUACCUUGUUUGUUAAAAUUAUUAUUAAAA